AAAAAAACAAAAUUAAAUAUUAUUAUUGAACCAUCAGCACCAUUGACAUCAUCACGUCUUGGUAUUUAUGAUGAACAAAUAAAUGCAAUAGCUCGAGGAACAAGUAGUUCUAGUAAUCAAACAACACCACGUUCAACUCAGCCACCAAGUCAACAGCAACAACAACAAAUUAAAUCAAAAGCAACAUCAUCAUUAGGUAUCUAUUCAAAUCAGGAACAAAUGAAAACUCUUGUUAAUCGAUCAGUCGUCGAAAGACAACAUCCAACCAUACCUUCACAUAGAGGUGUCAUUCAACAAUUGAUACCAUUCGAUGCUUCACCAUCAAAAAUUAAUAAUCUUCUUUUAAGACAUCAAGUGCAACAACAGCCAACUACGAAUUCAACUCAACAAUUGUCACCAUCUCGACAAGCCAAACAAACGUCACGCGCGUUAUACAAUGAAGAAACCCUUUCGAAUAUAGAAGAAGAAAAAAGAAAACAAAAGGUACAAAUCAAAAUUGAAAACUUUAAAGAACAAGCAGAAAAACAACGUUUAAAACAAAAAGAAGAAUUAGAAAAUCAUCAAAAAGUACAAAGAAGAAUUAAAGAUAUUGAAGAAAAAAUUUCAACAAAUCAGAAUGAACAAAUAAUUACGCAAAAAUAUUUUAUUAAGAAGAAAACUUUCAAAAAUGAAAAUAUUGGUGAACAACAACAAACAGAAAAUACUUCACGUCAUCGCUAUGAAUUAAGUAAUAAUACUGGAGGAUAUUAUAAUAAUCGAAAUCGAAAUAUAAUAAAAGAAAGACAAGGAUCUGGUAAAUCAAAUACUACAACAACUAAAUCACAAGAUAGUAAAACUAAUAAUCGACGACCGCAAAGACAUCCGGGUUAUGUUCUUGAUACUCAUCAUAAAAAUCAACAAAUUCAUGAAUCAAAAUCAACAGAAGUUAUUACCAAAAAUAAAAAAUUCAUUCGAACAAGUGAAAUUAAUAAUCAAUAUGGAUCCGAUAAUAUACCAAAAUAUACAUCUAUUGAUGUACAAUCUCGUCCAGCAAAAAUUCAUUUUCAAUCAUUUGAACCUUUACCAAUUCGUAAUCCAAUUCUUCUUACACAAAUUGAAUCUAAUCAAUGGCAUAAUUCUAAACAUAAAUCCAAACCGAAUCAAAUCCAACCAAUAAAUACUUAUACAUUUCAUCGAGAAAGAGAAAUAAGUCGAUUGAGUGAUAUGUCAAAAACAGAAUCAAUACAAUCGAAACAACAGAUUUAUGAUAAAAAUUCUGUAAAUAAUUUUCAAUCAAGAUCACCAACAUCAUGGUCAGUCAUAUCAGAACAUCAAAAUGAACAACAAAAAUUACAAAAUUUUAAUAAAUUAAAUAUAUAUGAAUCGGAAUCGGAAUCAUCAUCACAAGAUGAAUUAAUUGAAAAUAAUUCUCGUACACCUUCUCGUACUUAUCGAUUAAUGACGAAUGAUCAAGAACAAUCACAUAAUGAAAAACAUAUUAUUCCAUCGAAUAAUUCACAAGUUUCUUCACUUAUUGAACAUACAUAUCCAUUUACUUUUACACCUGAUUCGGAAGUUAAUGAUAAUAAUAUAUUUGAUAAUAAUCUUUCACAAUCGAAACAAAAAUCUAAUGUAGUGGAUAUUUAUACAUUACCUGAACGUGACAUUUCUUCAUCAUCAUCUGUACAUCAUUCUCCAAUUAAAAAAUAUUAUUCACCACCACCGCCGCCACCAAAAGUCACAAUAUCAAAAGAUAAAGAUGAAAUUCUAUCGAAUUAUGAAAGUGAUGAUGGAUGGAGUGAUGAUUCAGCUGAACUUUUAUAUGUUGAUGAACGAUACGCAAAAGAAAAGAAAAAACUAACUUCAUCUUCACAUCUACCUUCUCAACAACAUUAUCAUUAUCAAGUUCAACAACAAAAUGUGCUUCUCUAG